UGUUAAGCAGCCAUUACCCUUUCAACAGGAUGUUUCCCACACACUGUGGUGCAGUAGCUUAACUCACAACUGCAGUUUAUUUAAGGUUUUCAGCCGUUUUGAAGGAAGCUAUCUUAACUAAAAGUUUUUUAAUUUCUAGCAACUGCAAAGUUUGACAGAUAUUGAUGGAUAGGUACCUCAGUGAUAGUCAUGCCUGACCGAGGUGUGGUAGCGGGGGAAAGUAUGGCCGGCGCUACUGAUGGUGGAAAUCGCUGUUCGGCAUUUAUUCUUCUAACUCUUGUCAGACAUGGUGAAACUCCAGAAAACAAGGCAAAUAUUAUUCAAGGGCAGACAGAUACUUUGCUUUCUGACGAAGGUAUAGAACAAGCCCGACUUGCUGGAAACAAGUUAAAUGAUGAAAAGUUCUCUCAUAUUUUCUCAAGUGAUUUGAAAAGAGCUCGAAAGACUGCAGAGGAGAUUAUCAAGAAAAAUAAUUGCUGCCCUCACAUAAAUAUUGUAGAGGAUUCUCGUCUUAGAGAAAGAGGCUAUGGUGAAGCAGAAGGAGUGUCCAACCAAAGGUUUAAACAAAUGGCAGUGGACAACAACGUGAAGACAAACACUUUUACACCAAAGGGGGGAGAAACCAUUGCUGAACUGAAGGAAAGAGCAUCCAAGUUUUUGAACUCCUUAAUACAUGAAAUUGGAACUUCACACUGUAGCAAUUCUGGUAGUCCCAUUCAGAAUGACAUUUGCUUCAAUAAUGAAAUCAUCAAUGACCCACAGACCUCAAAAUGUGAGACACAGAAACAAAAACAGACAUCACAGCUAGCUAAUGUUCUAGCUGUUUCUCAUGGUGGAUUUAUAAGGCAGCUUCUGCUCCACUGUAUGAAUGAUUUGCCCUCCAAGUUUCCACCAGGAUCCAAAAGGAGAAUUUCAUUUACUUCUCCAAACACUGGCCUAUCAAGGUUGAAAAUAUAUUUGAAAAAAGAAACAAAAUUACCAGAGUUUGUUGAGUGCUGUUAUUUAUAUAAUGCAGAACAUCUUAGCUAAAAAAGUUUCCCAAAUUGUCUCUGGUUGACAUUCCUGGAGGUGGGUUUUUUUAAUUCCAGUCUGGUACUUAAAACAAUUUUGCAAUAUUUUCUUUGCAAGCAGUGUUAUUUUUUAACAUUAUAAUUAAGGUGAGAUCUCUUUACUCCUGUAUUUUAGUCCAUAGAAUGACCUGUGGGCAAAUGGUUGAAUAAAAUGAUUUUUCUCAACAAGUAUUCAAGUUCAAGAUGGAUAGGUUUCUUUCUCUUUGUUCAUUAUACCAUACUCCUGGAUGAAUUAUUCUAAAACGUUUAAUGACAAAUUAAAGUGUUCAAAUGUCAA